UUCUUCUCAACUUUCAACAUAGUGGGUUCCAGUGGGGUUCAGGACAAUCACACAAAAAUCCCCCAAACUUCAAACUCAGUAAAGAGUGUACUCUGUACAUCGCGCAUUUCCACGCAAUAUGCCAGCAUCGUUCUUCAAUAUGCAAAUAUCUCCUCCCUCUUCUCUCUCCUUAGAUUCAGUGUAUUCGUCCGACUCCGGGAGCAGCUGGAGUAGGGGAGAUGAGACGCACGAGGGAUCAAAUCUCAAGGAUAAACAGAAAAAAGAGAUACAAGGAGAAAUCAAAAUAUCUCGAGAUAAAAGUAAGGAUAGGAAGAACCAAGAAAAACGCAAAAAGCCUCAUAGAAAGAAUAACAAACAAAAGGAUACAAAAGAAAAACAGAAAGAAGAAGAAACCCCGGAAAAGACAGAACCCCUGAAUGAAGAAGGACAUACCAAGGAAAACUUAGGAAAACAAAAGAAAGACCGAAAAUCUAAAAAUCAGGACGGAAACAUACAGAAGAAAUUGAAUGCGGAAAUUCCACUAAAAGAAGAGGAAAAUCCUCCAAACCAGGAAGAACAAUAUCAGGACAAGGAAGGAAAAGUUGUGGAGAAAAACAGAAACCCCCCAAAAAAUGAAGUAGCAGUUAAAGCCAGGAUUUGGCGACCAUGCCGUCCAGGUGCUCAUGAAAAAGAACAAGAAGAUGUCUCAAAGCAAAAUCAAGGCAAGGAGAAAAUUAAAAUACAAAAAGGGAAAAAGUCUAGAUCAAAGGUUAGAAAUCAACCCGCUAAGGAAAACGGAGAGCAGGACCCAAAGAAACUUGAAACUGCUCCUGAAGAUCCUAAACCUACUCAUGAAGAUCCUGAACUUGCUCUUGGAGAUCUUGAACCGGUUCUUCCUGCUCCAGUACUAUUUUUAGACACUCCGGAGGAAUUAAACAUUGAACCAGUUCAUGAAAUCACCUUUAAUUAUACGAAAGAUGAGACGGCUAAGAAAGAUGAAGUGUUUUUAAAGGAGGAGAGUGGAAAGGAAAAUGAAAGGAUUAUGAAUGAGAUGAAAGUUACUCAAUACUGGCCCCAGCUAGCUGCAGCUUCUAAACUGAAAGGAAGGAUGGAUGAUCAGAAUCACGACUCCGACGGUUCAGUCGACUCUGGACUCGAAACCGGACUCGAAACUGGUCUCGAAACUGGUCUCGAAACUGGAAUCGAUACUGGACUUGAAAACGGACUCGAAAAUGGACUCGAACCCGAACUUGAAAAUGGACUUGAUACCGAGCUCAACCCUGAAGUCGAAACUGUAGUGAAACCUGAAGUUGAAACUGAAGACGAAAUCGAAACCGAAAUCGAAACCGGAAGUGAAACUGUAAAAUCAACUGUUCAUUUCUCUGCGGAUGAUGCUGGGGAAUGUAUUUAUGAGAAUGCAGGAAUCCUGCAGACAGCUCCUAUCCCGGAGCAAACCAAACCUCUUCAAAAAUAUGAGUUCGGACGGAGGGAUUCUCAAAACAGCCUCAACUCAAAGCAUAGUGAAGAUUUUCAGGAUAUUCUGAGUUUUGAGACUCCGUCCCAGAAUCUCCGGGUUUGGGGAGUACGCGGAGAAAGUGCUCCGGACACCCCGGAUACUCCUUCUCCUCGAACCUCGAACCCGACCGAGGACAAGAUCGCCAAGGAGAUCAAGGAGCUCAAGGAGAGGGAGGAUGAGCUCAGGAGAUUAAGGGAGAAUAUGCUGAGUGAUUCUCCUGUCCAAGUUGACCCUACUCCCCUGCAGCCGGAGACCUUGAACCUCAAGCAUCCUGCCAGUCAUUCAUACACACAACCUUCAGUUGUUAAACCACACUCAAACAGUGGAAAAUUUGAUCCAGCUCUCUAUCGUCCAGUGGUUCUACCACCUCGGAGUAGGAUCAUGCAAGAGUUUAUAUGUAAUGGAGGGAAGGUGACAGCAUUCACACAACCUGAUAAUUCAGUUAUUCAUCUUAGGAAACCCCAGGUCCACAAAGCCCAACCGAAAGUAUCUCCACCUGUUGCUGAAACUAGGAAACAUAAAACUGCGAUUGAUAAAAUUCAGGUAAAACUCUUCAUGAAAAUCUCAAAUAUCUUUGCAGCCUCAUGGUAA